AUGCACGGAAUGAACAAGCUCGCCCUGGCACUGGUUGCCGCGAUGGCUGCUGUUGGUGAAGCCGAUCUUCACGAUAUGCACGCUCGUCACUUGCGUGCUCGCGGCUCCGGUCUGCCUCAAACCCUGACUCAAUACGUGACACCCGUCCCCGAGCCCGUCCAGACUCAGUCACCCUCAGAGCCUGCUGUUCCUGCUCCUUCUGAGUCUGUCCCCGGUGCUCCCUCUGGUGCUCCCUCUGGUGCUGCUCCCUCUGGCGCUGCUCCCUCCGGUGCUGCCCCAUCUGGAAUCCCCUCCGGUAUUCCCUCUGGAAUCCCAUCUGGUGUUCCCUCUGGUGCUCCUUCUGGUGCUCCUUCUGGUGCUGCUCCCUCCGGUGCUGCUCCCUCUGGUAUUCCCUCCGGUUCUCCCUCUGGAAAGCCUAGCUCGUCUGCUCCCUGGACCAUCCACACCUCCCGUCCCAACGUCACUGGACGUCCCAGCUCGAGCCCUGUUGUCUCGCCCACUUCCGCACCUAUCUCGACUCCUGUUGUUGUGACCUACACAACUGGCACCGGUUCGACCGCCAGCGUUGUGACCACCACCAUCUGGCGCACUGCUACCAACCACCACACCGUCACUGCCACCGAGAGCGGCGAUGCCCUGGAGACCCCCGGUGGCCAGAACCACAAUCAGGCCACUGGAUCUGAUGAGGCUGAGGGAACCUCAACCGUCACCUCCACCCUGCACUCCACCACCACCAAGACCCUCACUGUUGUCGAGGUCCCCACCAGCUCUGCUGCCGCCGGCAAUGGCUCUGGCUCUGGCGAGUGUGGUGCUGUCACCGUCACUGUGACUGCUACCGAGACCGUUACUGCUGACGGUACUACCGCCACCACUGCUCCUGACGCCAACAACCACCAGCAAGGCAGCGGCAACGGCAACGGCCACCACGGCCAUGGCAACGGCAAUGGCAACGGCAACGGCGACUCGGGUGAUGAGACUACCACUGUCCCUGCAACUGAGACCACCAGCGCGACCUUCACUCCCUCCAGCUCUGCUAUCCCCAGCAGCAGCGGCCGCCCCACGCCCUCUUUCACUCGCCGUCCCAUCUCCGCGGCCCCUGGCCACGCAACUACCUCCGUUCCCUACGUCCCUGGAGCUGCCACCAUCCUGCCAAUCCCCAGCGGCUCGCCUUCCUCCAGCCCCGCUCAGCCCCAGAAGCCCGAGGCCACCGGCUUCUUCGCCCGUCUCGCCCGCCUCUUCUAA